AGGUUCUAAAACUAAUGAAUACAUCAUCAUCAUACAUACCACAUUGUAUAUAAUAAUCCAUACGCAACAAAGCCUUGCUGUAUUCCCCUAUAAAUUCUUCAUUCUUAGUAUACUAAAUGUUCUCAGAAGAACUCGAAAGGUGUGUUUCUUAAAGAAUUAGCAUCCUAUUACACACACACGCAUUUAGAGAGAGAGAGAGAUGGAGCACUAUGACCGUGAUUUCUUGGAGGAACUGAUAAGUACAGAAGAAACUCAGUUCUUCUGUAAUGGCUGGAGUAGUUUUGACUGUUUUGAUCAAAACUCUCUACCUUAUCUCCCAAACUCUUCUUCUGGUCAACAAGUUCCUCAAAGCUACAACGACUACUACCCCUUCAAUGAAAACUAUGGCUCUUUACUCGAUGAAUCCUCACCACAGAUUAUCGAUUCUUACUAUAGUACACUUGAUACUCCACUCAACACCCUUGGUCAAGAGGAUUAUCCAUUGUCCUUUAUGGAAGAAGAGGACCCCGGUAUGCUUGGGGAAGAGCUUAAGAAUUUGGAGCUGCAAACUACGUGCAAAGCGGAGUCAACCCGGUCCUCCGAAAUGCCAGUUUUCAACAUCGGAACGGGUCUGGAAAGAAAAAAUCGGUCAAAGAAGCUUCAGGGGCAACCCUCCAAGAAUCUAAUGGCGGAGAGGAGAAGAAGGAAGAGAUUAAAUGACAGACUCUCAAUGCUGAGAGCUAUUGUUCCCAAGAUAAGUAAGAUGGAUAGAACAUCUAUACUCGGGGACACUAUUGAUUACAUGAAAGAACUUCUGGAGAAGAUCAACAAUCUUCAGCAAGAAGUAGAAGUGGAUUCUAAAAUGGCAGGCAUUUUCAAAGAUGUGAAGCCAAAUGAAAUCCUAGUGAGAAAUUCACCCAAGUUUGAAGUGGAGAGGAGUGCGGACACACGGGUGGAAAUUUGCUGUGCAGGAAAGCAAGGAUUGUUACAAUCAACAGUAAACACUCUGGAGGCUUUAGGCCUUGAGAUUCAACAAUGUGUUAUUAGCUGUUUCAAUGAUUUCACAAUGCAGGCUUCUUGCUCAGAGGAAUCGGAGCAAAGGGCAAUGCUGAGUUCUGAAGAUAUAAAGCAAGCGUUGUAUAGAAGUGCAGGAUAUGGAGGAAGGUGUUUGUGAGAGUUGAACAGAGGAAGAAGAGGAGCAAAUGCACUUAGGAUAGUUUUCUAUAAUGUUCAUUGGUUUUGUUAAGACAGAGGCUAGUUUUUUUUUUUUUCAUCAAAUCUCCAGAUUAUGUUGGACUCGUCCGUGUGAUUCUGAGGCAAAGUUAGCAAUUAUUAAUGUUGAAUUGUGGAAGUGAUCAUGUAAGUGUAAUAAUAGAAUUGAAGGACGAGAAUCUAGUCAUUGUCCCUGAAUGCAUGUGGAGGGCACAAGCAAAAAUGUUAAGACAUAAUAAUAAGAGUAAAGUUCGGAUUUUGUUUCUA